ACGAUUUUAUACCAAAAAAAAUUAGGCAGUGUCAUUUUCUCAUCUCUUAUUAUAGUGGAUUUACACGUUCUGGGUUUCUUUUUUUCUUUUUAUUUUUCUCUUUUGUUUUUUGAAUUAGAACCCCCCAAAGAUUGAAUCUUUGUUCUGCUGAAAACCCCCAACAAAGAAAUUAAAUUGAAGAAAUUUCUGGAGGACACAAUAAUUUUUUCCGCAGAAAAAAGAAGCUAGAAGUGCCAAAGAGUUGAAGCACUAGGGUUUUGGUUGUAAUUUAUGUAAGGUAAGUUAAUCUUUCAUACCACGAGGGGGUUUAUGUUUUCCCCCUUUUCCUUUCUGGGUAUAAUUAUAUUGUGGAAAGAAGAGAUUUUGCAUGUUGCUGGGUGAUUUUUGAGCUUGAUUUGACAUCUCAGUUAGUGUAAUUUAUUAGGUUCAAGUGUUAAUUUAGAUUGUAAUUUUGAUUUGAAUUUGAAAGUUAUCAUCUGGGUUUGUUGGAUUGGUUCUGAUUUUGAUGAACAAAUUUGUUUUUGAGAAGGAAAAGGGACUAUAUAUGUAUGAUUUGUGUGAUUGUUGUUACUAGUUUUUGGUGAAACUUGCUAGUUUGGAGUUUCUGGAGAGGUUGGCAAUUUGGCAUCUGGGGUACUAUUUUGUGUUUGGGUGAGUGAGCAAUGUUUAAGCAAAUACUUAGUAAGAUUCCUCGGAAAUCGUCGAAAUCGUCGGAGAAUCGAGAGCAUAAGAGUGUUUCUAAUGCUAGUUCAAAUGCAUCAAGCAGUGUGAGGAAAAGUGAUGUAGGGUCUAACAAAUCUAGUAGUAAUCAACACAAUCUGGGGGCUAAUGGUGCUUCAAGUGCAGGGCAGAAUCAAGGAAAGAAAGCAUCUAAAACUGUGGAUUCAAUGAUGAAUGGUCUUAUGUUGUCUUCUUAUGAAGCAUUGCCAAGUUUUAGGGAUGUUCCAACCUCGGAGAGGCAAAGCUUGUUUAUUAGAAAGCUUCAAAUGUGUUGUGUUCUGUUUGAUUUCCAUGAUCCAACAAAGAAUCUAAGAGAAAAGGAGGUAAAGAGACAGACAUUAUUGGAACUGGUAGAUUAUAUUUCUUCAGCAAAUGGGAAGUUUUCGGAGAAUGUGAUGCAGGAAAUGAUUAAGAUGGUGUCAGUAAACUUGUUUAGGUCUCUUGCCGCUCAACCGAGAGAGAACAAAGUUAUAGAGGCCUUUGAUGUUGAAGAUGAGGAGCCUUUGAUGGAUGCAUCAUGGCCUCAUUUACAGAUAGUGUAUGAGUUCUUGUUGAGAUUUGUGGCAUCUCCUGAAACUGAUGCUAAAUUAGCCAAGAGAUAUGUUGAUCAUUCCUUCGUGUUGAAGUUGUUAGAUCUCUUUGAUUCUGAAGAUCCAAGGGAAAGAGAAUAUCUGAAGACAAUUCUACAUCGAAUUUAUGGAAAAUUUAUGGUUCACAGACCGUAUAUCAGGAAAGCAAUUAACAACAUAUUUUAUCAGUUUAUUUUUGAGACCGAGAAACACAAUGGUAUUGCUGAACUUCUGGAGAUACUUGGUAGCAUUAUUAAUGGAUUUGCUCUGCCAUUGAAAGAAGAACACAAGCUCUUUCUUGUUAGGGCACUGAUACCUCUGCAUAGACCGAGGUGCUUGCCUAUGUAUCACCAACAGUUAUCUUACUGUAUUACACAGUUUGUUGAGAAAGACUGCAAGCUUGCUGAUUCUGUGAUUAGAGGGCUAUUGAAGUAUUGGCCCAUCACCAAUAGCUCAAAGGAAGUUAUGUUCUUGAGUGAGUUGGAAGAAGUUUUAGAAGCAACACAGCUGCCGGAGUUUCAGCGAUGUGUAGUCCCCUUGUUCCGUCAAAUUGCUCGCUGCUUGAACAGUUCGCAUUUUCAGGUUGCAGAGAGAGCAUUAUUCCUCUGGAACAACGACCACAUUGAAAACUUGAUCAAACAAAACUGCAAAGUUAUUCUACCUAUCGUCUUCCCUGCAUUGGAGAAGAACGCAAGAAAUCAUUGGAACCAAGCUGUUCACAGCUUAACACUCAACGUGCGUAAGAUCUUCUCCGACCUCGAUCCCGAGCUUUUCGAGGAAUGUUCACUCAAGUUUCAGGAAGACGAAUCAAAGGAAGAAGAAGUCAAAGCAAAACGCGAAGCAACAUGGAAAAAGUUAGAAGAAAUUGCUGCUGGAAAAGCAAAAACUAGCGAACCAGUUCUCGUCCCUCUCAUUUUACCAGCUCGUAGUCUUUGAGCCGAAGAUCAGUCCUUUUUUGACCCCAGUUUCAUUAACUGAUGAUGAUGAGUAACAGAGUUUCUGGUGAUUGAUUUAUUUUGUUAUUACCAUCUUGUAUUUCUGGUGAUGUUUGUAGCUUAUUAUGUCUUAAUAUCUGAAACUGUUUUUAGUUUAGAUUUUACUUAGGGCUUAAAUUAUGGGUAGAUAUAGUGAUUGAAAAGAGUAAGGGGGGAAUGCAAUAGAUUUAGAAGAAAUUUUCUGCAAUAUUGCAGCAGUUGGAAACUUUGUACAGUUGUGAUAUUAUUCCUUGUUUGGCUUUAUAUAAUUAUUAUGGGCUGCUUAUAAA